AUGAGUGAAUCAGGAACUUUGACAAAUAAAGAAUCAGAUACUAAAAUAUUAAGUGUGCUGGUGUCUGAUCCUCAGAAACAGAAAACGCAUUCGCAGACAUAUAUCACCUAUCAAGUAUCCACGAAAAUAGAUGGCAAAGAUGAACCGAAUUGUGUGGUGAGGAGGUACAAUGAUUUUGUACUCCUACAUCAAAUAUUGAUAAACGAUCAUCCUGCACUGCUUGUUCCUCCAUUACCCGAUAAGAAAGUCCUAAAUUAUCUUUCAGGGGAUAGAUUCUCACAUUCUUUUACUCAGAAACGUUGUCGUUCUCUUCAAACGUUCAUGCGCAGGUUGUUGAGUCACUCAGAGCUUUCCAAAUCCAGGAUUUUGGAAACGUUUUUGACCAGCACAGAUUGGGAUGUUUAUAGAAGGAGUUUGACGGGGCAAAUUUCCACUUCUGAAGUUAGUGAUGUUUUGAUAAACGCUUUCAAACACGUAAACAGACAAAGGGAUGAGUUUGUCGAGAUUAAGGAAAAGAGCGAAAAGUUAGACCAUAAUUUGAGCCAUUUGGACAAGCUAUUCCAUAAAUCUGUGAAAAGAGUUGAUCUGAUCGGACAGAAUUUGAAGAAAUUACAAUCCUCUUUAUCAGGAUUACAAGAACUUUGCUGCGAUGAAAAGGAGCUAUCAAACAGUAUCAAAGCCUUUAACGAUGGAACGAUGCAAUUGAUAGAUUCAUUAAAUGAUUUGAACAAAUACGUUGACUAUGAGUAUAACGUUGAUAUUAAAGAUAUGAUAAACUAUAUCGAGGCAUUGAAACAACUAAUAAGGCUGAAAGAUCAAAAACAAAUAGAUUACGAGGAGCUAUCAGAGUAUCUAACGCGAUCCAUAAAUGAGAAGAAUAAUUUACUUUCUGGCUAUGGGUCAGGAAAUUAUUUCAAGAGUAAACUGGAAGAACUAGCUGGUAUCAAUCAAGAAAUGGCAAGAAGAGAUAAGAUAGCGAAAUUAGAGACCAGAGUUCAAUCUUUAACGGACGAAGUCGAAAAAUCAAAACAAGUCGCUGAUGAAUUUGAGAAAGAGGUUCUCAAAGAGGUCGAACAGUUUGAACAAAUAAAAACUUUGGAAUUGAAAGAUUCGUUAGCUGCUUUGGCUCAAAAACAUAUUGAUUUUUAUGAUGAUAUGGUGGAGAAGUGGUCGAAGAUCGAAGAACGUCUCGAAAGCGCCUGA